CUUUUCGUCCGGGACAAUGUGUUGUCACUGCCAGCCUCUUCGAAAUAUCGCAAGAUAUAUGUGCGGUGGAAACGAACCCAUUUCGACAGUCGUCCAGGCUGAGUAUCUAGCGAUGAACAUUCAAAGAUGCAGUUUCAUACCUGACUGGAUACUUGAAAGCAACGGACACCGAAGCCAGAGAUAGAGGAAGUCCGUGUUCUCGAGCACAAUCUGAAACACCGACUCGAGAUACUCCGGCUGGAAGCACGCAACAAGGCUCAAGAUCGUGGUGUUAAAAACUACGCUGUUCAAUAAAGUGUAGCAACUCGCCAGAUCACCAACGUAUCGAAUCAGAACGUGAAUAUCUCCAUGCCAAGAAAACCGAGGAAGUACGCAUGGACAGCACGCAAGUACGUAUUGCAUUCAAGUCACCAGAGAAGUAUCCAUUGCCUGUACUACUGUAAUCGAUUGUAUUCACAAGGCAGUGAACAAAGUCCUCGACCACCACAUCCACUGAAUCACGAAAAUCCGUUAGUGGAUUUCUUUGCUCAACGGGAUAUUAAGUGGAAUACACAAUUGUCAUGCAUCACAAUAUCCAUCACCAUUAUCCAACUCGAACAUGUCAACUGAUAAGUCCCCGCUGUCUGUAUCGCUGCUCGUCGCCUGCGAUGACGCCGCAACUCUCGAGGCUGCGUUUGACCUCGUUGAUCACUGCAAUGACCCAUUGCCAGACCCCGUAGACCCGGAUCAAACUCAAGAUUUCGACGUCACACUCGACAAUCUCUCAGAAUUCCUCGAUCACGUAGAUAUCCCCACCCUACCGUCCAAUUCUCAUUCAGACAAUGGAUCGGGUCGCCCCCACAACGUCAUUGUAGUAACUGAGCCAAGUAGACGACAUCGGACGACGCCCAAGCAGGAAAUCGCCCAACUUCGAGCAGAGGAGAAGGAUUUGGCCUGUACACUCGAGCUUCUACGACUCCAGGCGUAUGGCCAGAGACUACGAGACAGUUCAACAAAAAACAGCAAUGUGCUGCCAUUCUGGAAGAAAAUUGCGUCGCGACAGUAUCAGAAUCGACUGGACUCGGAGCGGGAGAACCGCCGACUGCGAUCUCUCGUGAGGAUGCACGUUAGUCGAGCUAAGCGCUUGAAACUCGCGUGGAAAAAGCAAUUGACUGCAGAGGGAUACAACAAAGAAAGCGAGAUGGACAGUCAAACUUCCAAUGAGCUCUUCGCUCCGGAUACACCUGCUGUACUGGAGCAGCUAAAGAGUGAUGCUGAUGCAGUUUAUGCUGGUCUUGACGCAUUUUUGGGAGGUGUACGACAGCAGCUGAGAAGUCGAGUCCCGUUCUUGGAGCAUAGCGACAGCUAUCCACUACCUUUCGAACGACAGGCGGUGGAUCGAGCGAUCUGGAAAGCUCUCGCCUCACGCUUUCGUGGUCAUCAGGUACGUGGAAGAAGUAUAUUCUGCUUCAGUAAUAUCGGAACUUAAGUGCUGUAUUCCUACAGCAACGAGCGAACGUGGCUGAGGACACGAUAACGUGCUGCGCGCUACGGAGCCUUCGAAUGGCGAACUUGAAUCUGCGUCUUCGGAUUCGCUGGGUUGCAAGGAAAUAUCGCGAAGCUGGCCGCACUGUUAUCAUCACGCGAACAUUCGUGGAGCCACUACACCUCACUAUACCUGCCCAAGUAGGAUUUAGAGAGACUCAAGUGUCUAUCGUUACAGCCACUGAUUCUGCGUCAUCAUGUGUCGAUACUCGGGCCAGAGUGACUGGCGACGGACCAGACGGCGGAACAGGCGAUGGUAUGCGCGCCUGGAUAGCUUCUCCUGGUGCUGUAAGGGUACGUACCGUGUGGCUGCAGGCUUUCGAGACACGUAAAAGUGCCAUCGAGGAUCAACUCUUCGAAGAAUCACGAGUUCGUUAAGGCGAGCGAGCAACAUAGGAACGCACGUCAUCAAUGGAGUUAUAUUACACGUUACGGUUGUUAUGGUGAAUGCAUACGGUAAACAGUGCUUGCGUGAAGAUUUGGCGCGUUGAGUGAAGGUUAACAACCGGAUGAUUGCACCUUCACCUGUUGAACCAAUUGCUGGACACUUUUUGGUAUUUAUGUACAAAUAUUAUUUGAUAUGUUAGUAAAGUCAGGAAAAUCAUGUCAUCAGUACGUCAUUUACGAAUUUACCGUCUGUCUAAGUCCUGAAUUCCCGCCACAAAACACCAGCAACUUGGGCGACCUUGUGAACCUCGUAUCUAAUUCCGAGCCCCAACUACCAAAACGCAAAGUAAUGCUGCCAAAGCCCAGGAGAACACAUGUAGAAUAUAAGAGAACAGAGCUUGAUCAACUCCUAUUAGAAUCAUACAAGUUGGAGACCGAGCUCACACAACUUCAAGGGGUCUACCAAGCACGCGAGCAGAGCGACCCAAGCAGCAAAAAUCAAAACAUCGCGAAGGCGACGACAGCACACGGCUACCGCCUGAUUGAACCACGUAAAACAGUGGCGCGGUUUGUGUGGGAGGAAAUUGCUCGACAUCAACUCAAAGACAGAUGGAGAGCUCAAACUACGAAUAUUGAGCUGCGUGACAAACUUCAGACCGAGUACAAACUGGAAAGGCAAAUGGUGGCCUUAUUGAAUCGCAGUAUGAGGGCAAAGUUAGCCGAUAUCCGUGUCUUAGACGAUAGACGAUAACGAUAAUGCUGUGCUCAAAGACCACGCCAACCAGACCAAAAAUGGAUAUUGUUAAACAGAAUCCGAAUGUCAAGGCCGGGAUUGUUGCAGAAUCGCAUAGUGGCGUUGUACUGCCUUUUUGUACUGGAAGUUGUAUCGGAAGCGUACUGGCGAUACUUUCGAUUCGGCCACAGUAUUAAACUACGGCAAUUCUCUCAACAUGGAGCAACACUAGAAUCGACUUCAACUCUUGUGGAAACGAACUUCGAAACUAUCCUGGUUUUUCACGAAAGCGUGGGUGACGACAAAGAACAAAUGAUGCUGACUACCUCAACAUGCCACUCGUAUACGACGUCAAACGGUCAUUUUUGUCGUAUAAUGAGCGAUCUACUGUUAGAAGAAGACUGGAAAUCGACAUUCCGGCGUGGUAAUGACUAAGUUUGUUUAGGAAUUUUCAUGCAUAUCCGACAUCGCACCUGGUAAAAACAAUUGUCAUUUUGUUUCAUUUGAUUAAGUUUCUACACAUAAAUAGCAUGUAAAUUUGAAAGCCUUCGAUUGAUAAACGG